UCUUAAACAGGUUGGCAGCCCGUCGGCAACAGCUGAUCAAUUGUAUGAAUGCGGUAAAUUUUUCUGUGUGUUUAUGAAUAUUAUGUCGAUCAAUGGGACGAGGAAUAGUUAUACUCGAUAAACUAGCUCGCAGCGCAUUGCGGUCGCAAAAAAUACCGCAAAUCAACCACCCGUUGACCUGUGAGAUUCAUUUCAAGAGGCAGCGCAGCACAUCUGGGACAAAGUCCAAGGAAAUCCGGGAAAUGCUGAGCCAACUGCCUCUCUUCGCUGGGGGCGAGAUUGUCCGAGGCUUCGGACGCGGCUCUAAAGAGCUGGGCAUCCCGACAGCUAACUUUCCGCUGGAGGUGGUGAAAUCGCUGCCGGAAUCGCUGCCCACUGGCGCUUACUACGGCUGGGCGAACGUGGAUAAUGGACCUGUGCACAAGAUGGUUCUCAGCGUCGGCUGGAAUCCCUUCUAUAACAACAAAGAGAAGAGCGUGGAAACGCACAUGCUGCACGAUUUCAACUGCGACCUAUACGGGCAGAUACUUAAGAUAUGCAUUGUGGGGUACCUGCGACCAGAGCGCAGUUUUGACUCCCUGGAGGCUCUAAUUGCCGCUAUCCGGCUGGACAUUGAGCAGGCCAAGGCGUUCCUUGACGAGGCAGACAAGGGCAAGCUGAAGGAGGCUCCAUUCUUUAGCGAGAAGCUCAUCUCGCCGAAAUAGCGAUAUCAUAGGACAGUCUGGAAAAGGAGGCUUCGCUGAUAGACGUACUACUAAUUUUCGCUCGGCUUGUGCCUCGAAAUAGUUAUUCCAUCAGUUAUCUUAUCACUCUACUUGCAUGAUGUACAAAGCGGAAUUCGAAUACCGAAUUAAGUACUUAAGCUAACCGUUUUCAUUAAAUUCAGACUCAUCAUGAUGACACCAACAAAUUCAA